AUGGCAUUUAAUGAUAAUGUUGACGAAGUUGAUGAAGAAUUAGUAAAUGAGGUGGAUUUGCAGGAAAGUAAUCUUGAUGAAGUCAUUUGUACAGAUGAUAUAAAUAGUAAAUUAGUGGAGGCAUUAGAAUCAUUUAAACAAUGUCG